AAUAACCGAGUGCCCGAACAAAGCAGCAACCUGGCAGACAGUGGCGAUCAUCUGCUCCACCACCUCCAUCCACCAUCGCCGCCACCACCUCAUGGAUAGCAUCCACAGUGCGACCACACAAAAACACUCGCAGCACGAUUGCACACCGAUCGGCAAACGUCGUCUGCUCCAACGACGUCGUCAUCAUUGUUGAAGCAGCUUACCAAUUUUGUUGUUGUCGUCGUCGUCGUCGUCGUCUACGUUGGUGAGCUGAGACCACAAGUACCACAGCAACUUGACGGAAUUGUUGGUGUUGUUUUCGGUUGUUGAUUUUCGACUUUUGGCACAUUGCGACUUCAUACCUUUCGUCAGUUGCUGCCCCAUCAGUGGAGUCGACGAAGCAGUGGCAAAAUUUUUUCAGCCGACUUUGUCAACGGGAUUGGCGCUCCGGUGGCGCUAGUACGAAUUUAUCUACCGACGCGCGUUGUCCGGUGUUGCGGUGUUUCGUUUCGUAUGUUGGGGGCAAGCAAUAUUUAUGUACGCACGUUUUUUGUUUUUGCUUAUCAAAGAAGCGAAAAUGUCUUAAAGUAUGCCGCGCAUGCGUUAAGAAAAGUGAAAAAUGUGAAAAGCUAAUAAAUCCAAUACGAAGGAGCUACCGAAUUAUGUAUGCUGGUUGUCAGUGUCAUUGUUGUUAGUGUGGCGGCGUGAAAAAUUGCUACAAUAUACUAACGAAGUUGGUGGUGCACUGAAAAGAGCAUUUUGUAACAACGGAAAUGUGCGCCAAUGGAUUUGUUUGUGUAGCGCAAAGUGUUUUUUUUUUUCUUUUGUUUCAGAUUUUGCGAAAAUUUUUAAUGCGAGCUGCAUUACAUAAGCAACAAGCAUAACAAAAAGCAUAACUGAAGCUUUGGCAAUAUUACGAGUAACAAAUACACGAGCUCAACUCAAAAUAGUGUUCCCCAAGUGCUUCGAAACGAAAUCAAAAUCAAAAUCAAAACCAAAAUCUUUUCAAUCAAAAGAAAGUGAAAUACCACUCGCAAAAGUGUCGAAAUCUCCAAGUGUAUUCUUAGUACAUAGUGCGUCAAUUCCAAACGAAAAUAUUUUUAUCGUCAACAACAACAACAGCACCAGCAACACCAACACAAUGGGUACGAAAUCGCCUGGCGGACCGCAACGUUGCCGUCUGAUAUUACAACGUUGUCUGGCCAUACAACUGAGUAAGCCUGGCCAUACGCCGGAGGACUUUUGGAUGUACGAUUCGGGUUAUAUGAUUUUUCAGAACUUCCUCGCCGCUAAUGCUCAAUGCUGGUGGAAUGCCCCGCUCACUGCUGCGACGCGUGCCCUCAAAUAUGCCGGUCAUAUAGCUCCAGGGAUGCUACUGGUAACCGCCGAACCAUGCGCGCUCGAAGUGCUACUGCUACGUGGCGCUUAUGCGCGGAGCGUGCUGAAACCACCUGCGACCUAUGUCAUCAGCUCAGUCGGUGAUAUCGAUGACUGCAUCGUAACACCGACCGUGCAAGGACAAUUUACCCCAUUGACGGAGGCUCUAUGUGAUGUCAUAAUGGACCUUACCGCAGAGGGUCAUUCGGCUACUAUAGAAAAUGUGCGCAUUAAGCUGAGCAUACGAUUUCCGCACAUGACACCACCUGCCACGGAAGUGAUCUACGAUACGUUGGCACAGUUGAUGCAAGAACAGAAAAUAUAUCAGACCUCAAAGGGUUACUUCAUCUUCACGCCAGAACGACGCCGAAGCCGUUCCCGACCGCGUGCCAUACGCAACGGUUAUCAGGACUUUGAAGAAACCGACGAAAUACCUCAGGAGGCGCGGACUAUGCUCAUGACCAACGCGGAGGCGCUUCAUUCAUUUUACGGCGAAAUCUCCACCGAACGAGAUGGCGAUUUAACACAUCAAUGCAUACAAACUAAUUUGGCCGAUGUUAUUUGUGGCGGUAAUCCAAAUGAUAAAAUACUUUAUCCGCGCGCGGCUAAAAGACGCAGCGCCUCAUUCCCAACACCUCGCAGCCUGGAGAGAAGGCACAGUUUGCGUUUGUUUGGAUCUUCGAAACGAUUGCAGCGAUGCGCGUCGACACGAAGCCUCUCGAAGACAUACGCACAAACCUUAGCCACUGACAGCAGCAGCUCGGAGUAUCAAAGCACAGAUUCUUCGUCACCAAAAAAAGGAUCUUUACUGUCGCGGCUCUUCAGACGGAGUGGGCGUGCCAAGCAACGUCAAAUUGAAACGUAUUCAGCGCAGUUCCCGCCUGCCGAGUGGUUCAAUUCCCGAGCUGUUCAUCUGCACAGUGUUGGCACACAAACAGCCGAUCACGAUAUGCCGGUGGUGCAUACGCUUUCCAAUUCCACAUUCUACGAUGGUUCGGAGUUAAGUCAACGCUCGCUUACACUGCCACGCCGACAUCGUCGCCACAUGUCCAGCGACUCGAAUUUUCUCAUAUCAUCCCGAGAUUGUUCGCCUAUACGCCGGCGCUCACCGGUGUACAGCAGCAGUUCACUGCCCCGUUCAACGCAAUCCAUACCAGCUACGGCGAUCGGUACAACGAGUAUCACCACCGCUCCAGCGCCCACGAACAAAAUCAAUCACUCCUCCGCGACGCUUUCAAGGCUUUCCACCCCGAAUCAAUCCGCGGCUGCAGCGACUGUACAGAAAUCUGCCUCUAAGAGCGUUAUCGGCAAACACAUUUUCGAGCAGUCACCUUCCCGCUCGUCUAGCAAAACAACAUCGAAACGACAGGCAGACAACAUUAUAGUGAACGGCUAUGCCAGCAACUUGGAAAGCGGUAAGGUUUGUUAUCGCAGUGUACAAAGUGGUCCAUCUAGUUUGGAAUCGGGCAAGGCUUCUUCCAUGCUUACCUCGGGACCAUCGAGUAUUGAUAGUGGCAAGGUGUCAUUCAGCAAAACCAGUGGUCAUUCUAGUCUUGACUCGCAGUGCUCGACCAAUACGGCAGUGGUGCAACCAAGUCCGGCCAGAUCGAUACUUGUAUUGAAUGGAUCGCCGCGCGGAACUCCGCGUCAUCAGGCCAUGCGCGCUCGUGCCGCUGAGCAAUCACAGCGCCAACGUUCCUCAACUCCGUCACGAAUAUUGGAGGAAAUCACUAAUCAACAAACGACAACAGGAAGAUCGCCAAAUCCUUCUACGGGGCAAUCUCUCUUUAAUGGCAUGCCCAGUUCGAACUCCAACAACUCAAUAACGCUGCAGGUGACUACCUCCAAUGGCAGUCAGAGUAACAUACCUAGCACGAAGAUUUAUGUGCAAAACUCACCGGCGCGUAGCGUUAUAACGCUGGAGAAUGGAAAGCUUAUAGAGAACUCAAAUGUGUAUAUAAUCAAUAAUGAAACGACAACUAACGAGAAGGGCGAAAUCUUCAAGAAAACCUUAUCGAAACAGGAAACUACGCCCCUAAGAGGCCAACAACAACAGCAACAGAAAAAGAAUCAGACACAAUUGCAGACGCACUCACACUCGCAGCCAAUGCCGACGCGCCACCAACAACCAAUAACUGUGCAACACAUUUACAAAGACAACUCGAUCAGCGAGAAUGAAGCCAAUUCCGAAACAUGCGACUCCAUAUCCUUUAUUAGCGAAACAUCGCCGGACAAUCUGGACACGCUCAGCUCAACCGAAGUGAUUGAUACCUCAAAAUUCACAAAGAAUAUCAACAAUGAUGCCACCAUGAACAACAGCCGAAAAUUGUGCUUACAACUGCCCCAACACGGUUCCAGCAACAUUGUCUAUAAGAACAAUGUUCUGAAGAACGAAUCCAACCCGAACUCCCCCAGCGGCGAAAAGACACUGGCGAUGGCAGCCCUCGCUGCGAAGCAAGAUUUCGAAAUUGCAGGCUCAGUCGGUAAUUUACGCUUCUACGAGAAGAACACAAAGGAUGCAGCGCAAUCAAAACUAAUGAACUCCAAUUGUGAUUUAAAGAACCUGAAUCGCUAUGAGUCAUCGGGUAAUCUCCAAAAGACCGGAAACAUGCUGAGCUCAAGCCCAGCCAUCAAUGGAGACGAUCUUGCGCAUAUACUUCAAAAAAAUAUAAUUGCUGUGGGUAGUGAGCCAAAUUUAGCUUUAAAGGACAAUAACUGUACCAAUGCAAGUGACAAGUCCAUCGAAAAGGAAGGACUCGAUCGCCGAUUCAGUUUAUCGAAGGACCCAAAUGGCGCAGUGGCGCCGCCAGCGGUGGGCAAUGAAGACCUCUAUAAUUUUCCCAGUCUAACGGAUUUAUCUUUUAAUUUUACCUCAUUGGCGGCGCAGAAGAUUCUGCAGGGUGUAAGCUUGAAUAGUAUCGACACGUUGGUGGAACUUAAUAUGGCUGCUGCUGCAGCUGCGAACAAGGAGAAGCAACAAAAUAAUCAACCGACGCCGGUCCGCACCGACUAUGGAAUGGUGUAGCAAAAAUUGCAAUAACCGAUUGAUAAUUAUCAGGGUUUGAAUACAAAAAAAAA